AUGUCGCGAAAGGGCGUCGGCAUCGGGGCCUUUGACAGGUCCCGCCUCACAUCCGCUCACUUUGCAUCUCACGGGUCCUCUCUCCGCGCGAGCAAUGCGCGAGCCCUCGAGACGCAGCUAGCCGUCUUCCGGUCCCUUCUUCAGCAGUUCGCGCAGACCCACGCCAAGGACAUCCGGUCAGAUCCGUCGUUCCGAGCGCAGUUUGCGCGCAUGUGCACCGCCAUUGGCGUGGACCCUCUCGCCAGCAGCAGCAGCAGUGGCGGCGGAGGGAGCUCGAUAUGGGCGCAGCUCCUCGGAAAAACAGUCAAUGACUUUUACUUCGAGCUCGCCGUGCGCAUUGUGGAGAUAUGCGGCGCGACGAGGGGCGAGAACGGCGGGCUCAUCGGCCUGCCCGAGGUGCGUGACCGGCUGUCCAGGGGAAGGACCGAGUCCGGCGCCGCCACCAUCUCGGAUGAUGACGUUCGGCGCGCUGUGGAAACGCUCCGUCCGCUGGGGGGUGGAUACAGUAUCGUGCCUGUCGGGCAUAAGGAGUAUAUUCGCAGCGUGCCGAGGGAUUUGAGCAACGACCAGGCGGCCGCGGUGGAAGCCGCCCAAGUUCUGGGCUACGUCAACGUCAGCAUGCUUCGAGAUAAUCUGGCCUGGGAAGGAGCACGGUGCCGUACAGUUGUCGAUGACUUGGUCGCCCAAGGGAUGUUGUGGAUCGACAAACAGACGGGGGGAGAGUGGGAGUACUGGAGUCCGAUCUUCAUGGUUGACGUCGACGCGUUGUCUGCGUCCGUGGGUGAUUGA